AUGGCGGGAAAUGACUGGAUAAACAGUUAUUUAGAGGCGAUACUGGACGUUGGGCCUGGAAUCGACGAUGCCAAAUCUUCGCUGUUGCUCAGGGAGAGAGGGAGGUUCAGUCCCACUCGCUACUUCGUCGAGCAGGUCAUCACCGGCUUCGAUGAAACCGAUCUCCACCGCUCCUGGGUUAAAGUGCGCUGCGGCGACGCGGAGCCCGCAGGAAAGGAACACGAGGCUGGAGAACAUGUGCUGGCGGAUUUGGAAUUUGGCUCGCCAGAAGAAGCAGUUUGGUCAUUUGACUCUUAUCAAUCCGUUAGACGAUUGAGGCUUGCUCGGGAAUUUGAAACAGUAUCUAUUGUGCUUGAGGGAGAGGAAGCUCAAAGGAUGACUAAACGUCGUAUUGAACGUGAAAGAGGCCGAAGAGAAGCCACUGCUGACAUGUCAGAAGACUUGUCUGAGGGAGAAAAAGGUGAUACAGUUAGUGAUUUGUCAGCUCAUGGUGAAAGCAACAGGGGCCGAUUGCCUAGAAUUAACUCUGUUGAGACUAUGGAGGCAUGGGCUAGUCAACAGAAGGAUAAAAAGCUGUACAUUGUUUUAGUAAGGCAUGAACUUAUCCGUAAAGUAUGUUGUGGAGCUAGCAAGGGCAUUAGGUUCGAUGCCAGGAGUGUAUCGGUUGAUUUACUCACUAGACAAGUAUCAUCACCGGAUGUAGAUUGGAGUUAUGGUGAGCCCACUGAGAUGUUACCUCCAAGAAACUCUGAUGGUUUCAUGAAUGAGAUGGGGGAGAGUGGCGGUGCUUAUAUUAUUCGUAUUCCGUUUGGUCCCAGAGAUAAAUAUAUCCCCAAAGAACUUCUGUGGCCUCACAUCCCUGAAUUUGUUGAUGGGGCUCUUAACCACAUCAUACAGAUGUCAAAGGUACUUGGAGAGCAAAUUGGUGGUGGGCAUCCGGUAUGGCCUGUUGCCAUCCAUGGGCAUUAUGCAGAUGCAGGUGAUGCAGCUGCUCUUCUAUCAGGUGCGCUGAAUGUACCCAUGCUCUUCACUGGUCACUCACUUGGUAGAGACAAGCUGGAACAGCUUUUGAGACAAGGCCGGCUAUCAAGGGAUGAAAUAAACACUACUUACAAAAUAAUGCGUCGUAUAGAGGCUGAGGAGUUGUCACUUGAUGCCUCUGAAAUAGUCAUAACAAGCACUAGACAGGAGAUAGAGGAGCAAUGGCGCUUAUAUGAUGGUUUUGAUCCGGUGCUGGAACGUAAAUUACGAGCAAGGAUCAGGCGUAAUGUGAGCUGUUAUGGCAGGUUCAUGCCUCGGAUGGCUGUAAUUCCACCCGGGAUGGAAUUUCAUCACAUUGUUCCACAUGAGGGUGAUAUGGACGGCGAAACUGAAGGGAGUGAAGAUCAGCCGACUUCUCCAGACCCACCAAUUUGGUUCGAGACAUUGAUAAUGGGUAACCGGGAUGAUGUUGAUGAAAUGUCAGGCACUAAUGCUUCUGUCCUUCUCUCAAUACUCAAGCUUAUUGAUAAGUAUGAUCUCUACGGUCAAGUGGCAUAUCCUAAACACCACAAGCAGUCUGAUGUUCCUGACAUUUACCGUCUAGCAGCAAAGACAAAGGCUGCAGCUCAUGGUUUACCAAUUGUUGCCACAAAAAAUGGAGGCCCUGUUGACAUACAUCGGGUGCUUGACAAUGGUCUCCUUGUUGAUCCCCAUGAUCAACAGUCUAUUGCUGGUGCUCUUUUAAAGCUGGUUGCAGAUAAGCAGCUUUGGGCAAAGUGCCGGCAGAAUGGGCUGAAAAAUAUUCACCUUUUCUCAUGGCCAGAACAUUGUAGAACAUACCUAACCCGAAUAGCCAGUUGCAAACCAAGGCAGCCUGGGUGGCAGAGAAGUGAUGAUGGGGAUGAUAAUUCAGAAUCAGAUUCACCAAAUCGCAAGAGUAAGUUGGAGAAUGCUGUUUUGGCAUGGUCCAAGGGUGUCCUGAAGGGCACUCAAAAAGUUGGGCAUACAGAGAAAGGAGACCAGAAUAGCAAUGCUGGUAAGUUCCCCACGUUAAGGAGGAGGAAGCAUAUUAUUGUCAUUGCUUUGGAUUCUGAUUCUAUAUCAGACAUCUUUGAGAGUGCUGGAAAAAUAUUUGAUGCCAUGGAAAAGGAAAGGAGUGAAGGCUCUGUAGGGUUUAUAUUGGCAACAUCGUUUACUUUGUCAGAAAUACAAGCUUUCCUUGUCUCAAGUGGGAUAAGCCCUACUGAUUUUGAUGCUUUUAUUUGCAAUAGCGGUGGUGACCUCUACUAUUCAUCUCCUACUUCAGAGGAGAACCCCUUUGUUGUUGACUUGUAUUAUCACUCUCAUAUUGAAUACCGUUGGGGCGGGGAAGGGUUGAGGAAGACUUUGGUUCGUUGGGCAGGAUCUCUUGUUGAUAGGAAGAGUGAAAAGGAGGAGCAGAUUGUUACUGAAGAUGAGAAGAUAUCUACAAAUUACUGUUAUGCCUUUAAAGUGCGAAAUCCAGGGAAGGUUACUCCUGUUAAGGAAAUCCGGAAGUUAAUGCGAAUUCAGGCUCUUCGUUGCCAUAUUAUUUAUUGUCAAAAUGGGAAUAAGAUUAAUGUGAUUCCAGUACUGGCUUCUCGCUCUCAAGCCCUAAGGUAUCUCUAUCUCCGAUGGGGCAUGGACUUGUCAAAAGUGGUGGUUUUUGUUGGUGAAAGUGGGGACACUGAUUAUGAAGGGCUGCUCGGCGGCGUACACAAGUCUGUAAUACUGAAGGGUGUUAGUACUGGAAGCAGUCAACUUCAUGCCAAUAGAAGCUACCCCCUCUCUGACGUUCUCUCCCUGGAUAGCCCCACCGUUGCCCCUGUAACUGAAGAAUGCAGUAGUGAUGAUGUCCGGGCGGCACUGGAGAAGCUUGGGCUCCUCAAGUGCUAA